AUGGAGCCCAGUUCCACAGAAGAAGGAGCUGAGCAGAUCCCGCUCCCGAGAAGUCCGCCUGCUAAGGUGAUCCUCAAACACGGGCAGGAGCUGGAGGAGGAGCAGGAAGAGCUGGCCGAGCACCAGCCUCUGGAGCAGGAGGACCUCAACUUUGAACGCUGGAAGCGCCGGCCCUUGCCCAGGAGGACGCUGCACCAGAAGAUCAGCGACUUGAAGACCUACCUGUGGAAUGCCGAGACCAAGGAGUUCAUGGGCCGCUCGGGGAAGAGCUGGAGCCUCAUCCUUCUCUUCUAUGCUGCGCUUUAUACCUUCCUAGCAGCCAUGUUUGGCGGCUGUAUAUUUUGCCUCAUGUGGUCUAUUAGCCCUUACCAUCCCACCUACAACGACAGAGUAAUGCCACCAGGUAUGACUAUGGCGCCACAUCUGGAAGGCCAAGACAUCUCCUUCAAUGCCUCUGAGCGCAAAUCGUGGAAGCGCUACGCCCGCUCCAUGGACGAACACCUACGACCCUACAACGAUGGUGCACAGGAGAGGAAGAACAUCCGCUGUACGCAGGACAGGUACUUCAUGCAGGAGGAUUUGGAGGAGGAUGCUGAAAGGAAGGCGUGCCAGUUCAAGAGGUCUUGGCUGGGGGAGUGCUCGGGUCUACAGGACCCUCAUUAUGGCUACUCGCAGGGGAGGCCGUGCAUCCUCCUCCGAAUGAACAGGAUUCUUGGAUACUUGCCUGGCCAAGGGAAACCGGUCAAUGUGACUUGUGCAGUCAAGAAAGGACCACCAGAUGCUUUGGGAGAAGUUCAAUUUUUCCCCAAGAGUAUUUUUGACUUGAAGUACUACCCUUAUUAUGGGAAACUUCGACACGUGAAUUACUCGUCUCCGGUGGUGGCCGUGCGCUUCUCGGGAGUGCAGUACGACACUCACAUCCAGGUGCAGUGCAAGCUGAAUGGAAAUGGCAUCAUCAACGACUCGCCUACAGACCGCCACCUCGGCAGCGUCACCUUCUACUUGCAAGUCGGAGCGUAG